GCUUUAUGCCGCUCACCUCUUCUUCCAAUGUCCUCUUUAGAUCGAUGAAAGCAAGAAUUUCGUUGCAAUUUCUUAGGCCAUUUACACUUAAACAAAUCUUUCAUUUUGUUUAAUUCUGUUUCAGUCAUGGCAAAUAAACGUUCGAGUUAUUCGAUGUUAGCAUUUCCUGUACAUUUGUUGGUAAUAUCAAUCGUUGCCCUUGUUCUAUUUUGGCUCAUAGGCUUCAGGGAAGGCUUUGCUCUAUCAUCAUCCACAAAAAUGAAGAUUUUCAAUUUGCACCCGCUUCUGAUGGUACUCGGAUUCCUUAUUUUUUCAGGAGAAGCAAUGAUUGCAUACAAGGCGAUCCCAGCACCGAGAAUGGUAGUUAAAAUUAUUCACCUAACAUUGCACUUUAUCGCACUUGUCUCCGGAAUAUUUGGCGUUUAUGCGGUCUUCAAAUUUCAUGAUGAAGUCAAAGCGCCACAUAUGUACACAUUACAUUCAUGGAUCGGCAUGUCAGCCAUCGCUUUAUUUGGUCUUCAGUUGAUAUUGGGAUUUGUAACUUUUUUAUUCCCGGGCGCUGAGUCAGCAACACGCGCAAGAUUCUCUCCAUGGCAUGUUUCUGCAGGUGUGGUGAUAUUUUUCAUGGCGAUAGUGACUACUGAGACGGGAUUAAUAGAGAAGUUUAUUUUCCAACAAUUGAAACGUGGUCAAGAAGCGCUUUUGGUCAAUUUCAUUGGAUUGCUGAUAUUACUUUUUGGGAUUUCUGUAAUUGUAACCGCUAUCCUUCCAAUAAGAAGGAAAUAACGAUCGAUGUUGUAAUACUGUUUUCA